UGUCUCAUGUCAGUGUUCUAGUUUUGCUUCUUCUGUCUCAUUAGGUCUAAUUUCUCCCGGCUGUGUUCCCACCUGUUCCUCGUUCCCUCGUGUGUAUUUAUAGUGUGUGUCCUCCAGUGUUCAGCAUCACAUCGUAACCUCAACUUUCUGUGUUUUUUUUCUGUGCUCCCAGUCUCUGGUCUUUAGGUUUUCCUAGUGUUUUGUUAUUAGCUUUGUUUUUUCAAUUUAGGUCUGUUUUUCCGAGUUUAUGUUUGGAGUUUCUGCCACUGCGCAAUAAAGCUGCCUCUUUUAGUUCACUGUGAGUCGAGCGUUUGGGUCCUCUUCUCCUGCCUGCACACAGCACACCUGAGAAGAUGAUCUGCAGGAUCCUCCUCAGCCUCAGCUCCUGUGUCUUUGGAUCAUUUGUAGUGAAUGUGACUCAGACCUCCUGUCAGGCAGAGGAGAACCACAACAUCACACUGGAGUGGACGUUCACAGUAGAAACAGGCAGAUCUCCCACAUAUCUAAACAUCUACUGUGAACUGAUAACUGAUAAUAAACUCUCACUCCUGUAUCAUGUCCGUGAUGGUGCUGAAGUCUCAGAGUCUCAGGAUGAAAAGUUUUCAGGACGAGUUCAGAGUGACAGAGACGCCCUCAGAGAAGGACGAAUCAGACUUCAGCUGUGCAGACUCAGGACUGAGGACUCGGGUCGAUACAGAUGUGAAGUAAACACAGAUUAUGGUCUCAGCUCUGCGAGCUGUAGACUCAACGUCACUGCAGCUGCUGAUCAGCUCCAACCUCAGGGACCAACUUCACCAUCACAAGAAGAGAGAAAGGACUGGAAGAUUAUUAUAAUUGUCCUGACAGCAGCAGCAGCAUUAUUAUUAGCUCUGCUGAUGGUUUGUCCUUUACCUUGGGUCAUGCAGAGAAAGAAACAAAAGAGACCAAACUUCUCUGCUUGUGUAAAACUCCAAAAACUCUCAGGGACAGAGUCUCAAAACCAGCAUACUUCCUGCCUUUGACAUCUGCUUUAAGUAUAAUAAGUUACUUGUUGAUAUGAACUGUGUAAAUGGUUCUUAUAGAGCCCUUGCGCUCAAAGUACCUUAUACAGCAGGCCUCAUUCCCCCAUUCACAUUCAUUCUACAUCAGAGAGACCAAACAGCCACUUCACAAGCGCAUGGCACAACAUAGAAGAGCCACCUCCACAGGACAAGACUCAGCAGUCCAUCUGCAUC